AUGCAUUCCGGAACGAACGACGCUGGCACCGUGCAGCGAGGUCGAAGCGUGAAAUGGGGUGGGGUGAGCGUAAUCGAACCCUCGCAGUGGUCGCGGGAGAAGGCGUUACCAGACGCGCAUCCGGGCGACGGGGUCAAGACCGGACUCGGCGCGGCGGAGGUGGCGGCGGCAAGCAUCCGGCAGGCAGGGUCGGCGAUGGCCGGGGCCGGAGCCGGAGCCGGAGCCGGAAAAGGAGUGAAUGGGAGGCGAAGAGGAGGCGGAUCUGGGAUGGAGUCGCAUCGUCAGCCGUCGGCUGGGGUUGCGCUCUCUAAAGCGACCUGCGACUCGCUCCGUUCUCCUCGUCCUCCCAUGGCCGCCACCUCCAUCCACGCCCUCCCCAUCGAGCUCCUCACCCGCAUCUUCCUCUUUGGCCAAGACCCUCACCCCCCGCCCUCGUCCACCGCCUUUCCCGACGACCCGCCCCUCGAGCUCACCGUCUCCCACGUCUGUGCUCAUUGGCGCGCCGCCGCCCUCGCCACCCCUGCCCUCUGGUCCCACAUCGCCAUCCGCGUCGUCCCCCACAUCGCCCGCGCUCGUGAGUACGUCGUCCGCUCCCGCACACACCCCCUCCACCUCCUCGUCGACUCUGCCUCCGAGGCUGACGCCGUCGCUGGCUACUCCGUCUUUCGCGAUGAGUUCCUCGACGCCUUCGCGUCCCUCACCCCGCACAUCGCACGCUGGCGCGCCCUCGUCCUGCGCGUACGCGACCUGCAGUGCAAGGCCCACGCCCGCACCGUCCUGUCCUCGUGCGGCCCUGCCCCAACCCUCGCCGACCUCGCGCUGUGGCACAUCCAAGACUGGGGCUCACCUGAGCGGCUCUUCAACGCCAUCGGCCCGCCCCCCGUCGUCGUCUUUGCUGGCGGCCUCCCUGCGCUCGCCCGCCUCGCCCUCUUCGGCGUCAACAUCCAGUGGACCGCGUCGGCGUCGCCCUUCCUGCGCCGCCUGACCCACCUCGAGCUCGGCGUACACUCGGACGACGUGCGCAUCCCCAUCGACCGCUGGCGCGCAGUCCUCGCCGCAUCCCCCGCCCUCGUCCGCCUCGCCCUCCACUACUCGGGCCCCCGCGCGCAGGCCGGGCUCUGGCGCCUCUCUGCAGCCCCCUAUUCACGCUCGCGCUCACCUAGCGUCAGCCCCGGAAUCGGCACUGGCAGCACCAGCACUAGCACCAGCACUUCCGCGGACUCCGCGGACGACGACGACUUGGACCCGGACGUCCCUGCCGGCCCCGUCCCGCUGCCGUCCCUUGCAGAGGUGCGUCUCGCGGACCUCGACGCGCCGUAUGCGUGCGCGAUCCUGCGCACAUUCACUGCCCCGCGCCUGCGCGCUCUGCAGCUCGAGCUCGGCGACCCCGAGGCCCCGCAAGACUUUGCGCCCCUCGCGGCCCUGCUCGCGCAUCCGCCCUCGCCCGCGGCCUUGCGUGAUGCCGAACUCGACCCCCUCGUGCCGUACGUCCCCCCGCCCGAGGUGGUUGCUGCAGUGAACAGGAGUGGAGCUAGGGAUGAGGAGGAGGAGAGGCAGAGGGCAGGGAGCGGAAUCGCGGAGCCGCAAGAGCCUCCGCCGAUGUUCCCCGCGCUGGAAACGCUCGCGAUCGGCGCGCUCGCCGACUGUGCGCUCGCGAGCUGGGCCCGCCUCUUGCGCCGCUCGGCGAGUCUGCGCGUGCUCGAGCUCGAUGCGGCGACGAUGGCGGGCGGGGCGUUCGAAGUCUUACUCGACAGCGCUGACGGGCAAGAGGGCAGGCGCAGGAGCAAGAGUAAGGGCAAGGGCAAGGAGAGGGCGAGGGAGGACCGGCCAGACAUCCUCCUGCCGAAUCUGCACACGCUCCGCGUUGCGGGUGUCUCAGGCGCAGCGAUCCGCGCGCUGGUAGAGCACCGCCGGCGCGCGGGGCGGCCGAUCGCGACGUGGUACGUGCAUGAGAGCUGCAGGGACGCGGAGACGGAGCGCGUCAAAGCGGAGAUGGACGCGGGCGUAGGCGGGGGAGAGGCGAUGGAGUGGUUCAGAGAUGAGGAUGACGCCGCAGAGGAGGAAGAGGAGGAAGGGAGCUGGGUGGACGAGGGUGAGGCGGAGGAGGGCAUGCACGAAGACGGAGAGGGCGAGCAUGAGGAGACACCGGAGGGCGAGUGGUCCUCGGAGGGAGACGAGUACGCGCAUGCGGGACCGGAUGCGGGCGCCGAGUAUCGCUGA